AUGGUAUGGCCCCUCAGGAUAUGUCUGACCUGCUCGUACCUCACACCCCCUCUCAUGCACUCAGUUUGUGGUAUGGCUCCUCUUAACAACAAAAUAGUUGGAGGUGAAGAUGCUCCAGCUGGAAGUUGGCCCUGGCAGGUCAGUCUACAGAGGUCUGGCCGACACAUUUGUGGUGGAUCCCUAAUCAACCGAGAGUGGAUCUUGACAGCAGCUCACUGUUUUCCAAAUACAACGUCCUUCAGCACCAACAGACGAAGAUGGAGGGUUUCACUUGGUCGUGAAAAUCUACGUGGUUCCAAUCCUAAUGAGAUCAAAAAGGCUGUGAGGAGGAUCAGGAUCCAUCCAAAUUAUGACAGUUUUACCAGUGAUAACGACAUUGCUCUGCUCAGACUGUCCUCAGCAGUCACUUUCACAGAUUACAUCAGGCCGGUGUGUCUGGCAGCCGCUCACAGUGUGUUCAACAGUGGCACUGAUAGCUGGGUCACUGGCUGGGGCACCGUUAGAGAGGGAGAACUGCUCCCGUUUCCCCAAACCCUACAGGAAGUGGAAGUGCCUGUUGUGGGAAACCGUCAGUGUAACUGUCUGAACGGCGUGGGCACAAUCACAGACAACAUGAUCUGCGCAGGUCUUUUGGAUGGAGGAAAGGACUCCUGUCAGGGAGACUCUGGAGGUCCCAUGGUCAGUAAGCAGGGCUCUGUCUGGGUUCAGUCUGGUGUCGUUAGCUUUGGUUUUGGCUGCGCUCGACCCAACCUGCCAGGAGUCUACUCCAGAGUUUCCAACUACCAGCCCUGGAUCAACUCCCACAUCAGCUCAGAUCAGCCCGGGUUUGUCCAGUUUAUGUCCAGUGGACCAGAUCCUGACACUAGCGCCACCUGUCCUGGUCUGCCCCCUCCUCCUCUUCUCACUACAACUGCCCCACCACAAGACACAACCACAGUCCCAGAGCCAGAGACUACAGAGGAAGAGCUGCUGGAGCCUACUGCAAAACGUCAGUAUUCCUUCCUCUACUUUUACAACCACUUGUUUAACUAG